UACUCUUCACACGAUCGCAGAUGCCAAAAAGUCGUGCAGAGAUUCAAAAGGCUUACCGUGAAAGGCAAAAACAGAAAGAAGGGAGAGAUUACGUGGAAAAGAGAGGACAAGAAAAGAAAAGCCUACAUACCUGCUGCAAAUUUGGAUGACAAUGCCCUUAAGAAGUGAAGACUGGACCAAAAAGCCCGGGUGGAAAAAUACCGGAAAGAACAGAAAGAAAAACAGUGUGCCAUCGAAAGAGCAGCAGAAGCUUCAUCCACUCAAAAACGUCAAACCCGGAGUGCCUCUAAAGAAGCUGAAAAAGUGCCCCAUUUGAUGGUAAAGUUCAACUUUAAUAAAGCAAAAAAAGCAAGCGCUACACGAAAAAGAGUUAGCAGAGCACUGUCUAAGGCACACAGGGAGAUUGAAAAGCUUGAAGAAAGAAACAAAAAAUUGCAAAACAAAACGUGGAAACUACAGAAGAGAAUUCAGCGAUCUGGGUCAUCAAAAGGUAAAGAGAAAGGCAAGCCAAGUGCAAACACUCCUAGAAGCAGGUCAAGGGCUGAACUGCGAGAAGCAGGACUUAGCCCAAGAUCCGUGCCACAAGUCAUCAAACGGAAACUUGUGUUUGCGAACACCUUGAUGCAAGAGGUCAGGCAGUCCACCUCUGAAGACAAAGCAAAGAGGAAAGCCGCACCAACUAUCUUGGCUGGUUCGAAAAUCUUGCAGAGGUAUCGUCUUCUCAGACAACUCAAAAAAGAAACUGGCCUUUCAAAACGAUCCCUCCAAAAUAAGGCCAAGGCUCAGGAGAAUAGGGUCACAACUAUUCGCAGGCAAAUCACAGAAAAAGUGGUUGAAUUUCUCUCAAGAGAUGACAACUCUCGAAUGAUGCCAGGGAAAGCUGAUUAUAAGAAGCACGAAGGCGUCAAGAUCCAAAAGAGGUAUCUCAACGACUACCUUGACAAUCUUUAUGCCAAAUUCAAAGCCGAGAAUCCGGAAAUAAAAAUUUCGCGCUCACUCUUUUGCAAGCUACGCCCUAGCUACAUACUGACGACAUCUUUUACAUCCCGCAACACGUGCCUGUGCCAGCGUCACCAAAAUGUAGCACUUAAGCUUCGUUGUCUGAAAGCAAUGGGGAUAAAGGUUCACACUAGUCCCGAUGCUUUUAUGAAACAUGACGAAAACAAUUCCAUUGAUGACGAACUUCAAAGCAAAUGUGAGCCGAAAGUAAAGUACAGCCAAUGGAAGCGAGUUGAUGUGGAAGGGAAGAAAAAAAUGAGAAUCGUGCAAAUUGAAGUAGAUAAAGCUGAUUUUAUUAAGAUCUUUAAGAAAGAAAUUACAGAAUUUGAAGCCCACGCUGAACGCGUUAAAGCCCAGUACGGCCAGUUAAAAGAACUUAAGAGCAAUCUUCCUGAAGGCCAUAUGAUUGUACAAAUGGACUUUGCAGAGAACUAUACCUGCCAGUCCGUCGAGGAAGUCCAAUCUGCUUGGUGGAACGGCACAAUGGUCACACUCCAUCCAGCUGUUGCCUACUUCAAUGAUGAGAACGGCUCCUUAAUCCAUCAGAGCACCGUCUUUAUAUCAGACGAGCUGGCCCAUAAUUCCUCCACCGUGUAUGCCAUAUUGCGAAAGCUGGUCCCAGAGCUGAAGUCCAUUGUGCCAGAAGUGAAAUACAUACACUAUUUCACUGACAGCCCUACCUCACAGUAUAGAAACAAGACCAUAUUUCACAUUCUAACCCAGCACGAGAAGGAGUUUGGGAUUCCGGCAUCCUGGCAUUAUUUUGAGGCGGGCCAUGGAAAGGGUCCCUGCGAUGGGGUCGGAGGAACCACGAAAAGAAUGGCUGAUGAAGCUGUGAAGCAACAGAAGGCCACCAUCCAAGACGCUGAUGAUUUCUUUCUCUGGACGCAGGCACAAAAGGAGAACAGCAGCAUCAAAUACCUGUUCGUCUCAAAAGAGCAAUGUUCUGACGCCCAGACUUCCAUAGAUAGCUUUGGAAACCUCCAAUCAGUGGAAGGCACCAUGAAGCUUCACGCCGUCAUUCCUGUUAAUGGUAUGGAAGGAUAUGUGGCCAUAAGAAACACAUCAUGUUUCUGUGUCAACUGUUUUUCAGAUGGCACUUUCUUGCCUGACUCGGCAUGUGGAUGGAAGAAGUUCCGUAUGAAGCCAAUCAGUGAAGAGGGUAUGUUGAGAGUAGAGACAACUGCUUUUUAACGUGUAUUUCAUUGUUAUAUAUAAUGCUAUUAAAAAAAACUUCGUCUUUUAUUUUUAGAUGUAAAUAAGGCCCCUGUCAAGGUUCAAUGUGGUGAUUGGGUGGCUGCCGUAUACGAGAGGAACUGGUACGUUGGAAAAGUUCAGAUGGUUGACAGCGAUGCAAAUGAUGCUCAAAUCAGUUUCAUGCAACAGACUAACGCAAGACCAAUCAGCUUCAGGUGGCCAACUAGCCCAGAUGAAAUAUGGGUGGACUUUGACAAGAUUCUGGGAGUCAUUGAAGAGCCCUCGUCUUGUGGAAGGUCAAAUCGCCACUUCCAUUUUAAUGAUCAGACAAUCCAAAUGAUCACAGAUCUAUUUGAUGGCUGGCUAUCAACCAAUCAGUAA